CCCCCCAUUGACAUCUCUUCAAGAACAUAACUCACGAACCCUUUUCCCAAAAACACAAAAAGAAAAUUGUAGUGUGAUCGAGAAAUCAAGAAUGGCUGAUGCUCUUGUUGGUGCUACCAUAAGGAUUACGUUAGAGAAGGCAGUUGGCAUUGCUAGUGACCAGAUUGGCAUGGUUUAUGGAUUCAAGGAGGAUCUGGUGAAGUUCAAAGCAUCGGUGGAGAUGAUCCUAGCUGUCUUGGCUGAUGCUGAGGAAGAGCAGCCGAAGCAGCAGGCAGUGCAGCUUUGGCUGAAGAGACUUGAAGGACUGGCUUAUGAAGCUGAUAACGUGUUGGAUGAGCUCAACUAUGAUGUUCUAAGACAACAGGUAGAGACCGGAAAGAGAAAUGGUAACCAACUGAAGGGAAAGGUACGCUCUCUUUUCCAUUCUAACUCAAUUGGUUUUCGUUGGAAAAUGGGUCAAAAGAUAAGGGAUUUGAACAAGAAGUUGAACAUUAUUAAUGAAGAAGCGAAUAGCUUUGGACUCAAGUCCCAAUUGGGGGGUAGUGGUACAAAAGCUACUCUGCUUCCCGACAUUAGUAGAACUGUGAUGGUCAAUCGAGAGACUGACUCCGUUGUUUUUCCUAAUAUUGUGGGUAGAGAGCAUGAUAAGUUCAAAAUAGUACAGAAGAUUUCGAGUGAGACCAGCAAUGUUAUUUAUGUUUUGCCCAUAACUGGAAUGGGUGGUUUGGGAAAAACAACUCUGGCUCAAUCAAUUUUCAACGACCAGCAAAUAGAGAGGCAUUUCGAUUUAAAGAUUUGGGUUUGUGUAUCUGAAGAUUUUGAGGUCACUAGGAUAUUCAGACUAAUCUUGGAAUCGUUGACAAGACGCAAAGUUGAUGUAGCUAGUAGAGAUGUUAUUGUUCAAGAGAUUCGAAAAGAAAUCGAGGGCAAACGAUAUCUUCUUGUAUUGGAUGAUCUUUGGAAUGAAAUUCCUUUACUCUGGACGGAUUUUUAUCGUUCUUUGACUGGAAUAAGCACGACCAGAGGAAACUGGUGUCUUGUGACUACUCGUCAGCUACAAGUGGCAACCGUUGUGGCUACAUAUCCUCCCUAUUCAUUAGGGAAGCUAUCUGAUGAUGAUUGCUGGACUAUAAUAAAAGACAAAAUGAUAGGAAGUGGGGAAGUAACAGAAGAAUUACAAGGACAAGAAAAGGAAAUCACAAAAUGGUGUCAAGGUCUGCCACUUGCUGCAAUUGUUAUUGGAGGUUUGUUGCGUAUGAGAAGGAAAGAGGAGUGGCUCUCAAUUGUGAACAAUGGGCUUUUGAAGUUUACUGGAGAUGAUAGUAGUGUCAUGCAAAUACUCAAGCUGAGCUUUGAUCAUUUGCCAUCUCCAUCCAUCAAAAAAUGCUUUGCAUACUGCUCGAUGUUUUGCAAGGAUUUCAAGAUAGAAAGGAGGAAGUUAAUCCAACUUUGGAUGGCAGAGGGAUUUCUUCAAUCAAACCUUGAAAAUGAAGUAAUGGAGGAAAUAGGUGAUAAGUAUUUCAGAGUUUUGGUGGAGAGUUCCUUGUUACAAGAAGAAAUUAGCAGUGAUAAGCAAACAUUUGGUAGAAUGCAUGAUCUUGUGCAUGACCUCGCACAAUCUAUUUCGAGAUGUGAAAGCAUUGUUUUAAACUCGUCUGGAGAAAUUACACCAAGAAACUCUAAAGUCGUAUCUAGUUCACUUCGCUCAUUAUUUCCAAGGAGUAGUAUACCGGAGGACCUAGCACCAAAGUUGAAGAACUUGCGCGUCCUAGAUUUGUCUUCAGCAAAUAUUGUGGAGUUGCCAACAUCAAUUGGUAAACUAAUCUAUCUGCGCUAUCUUGAGUUUCCAUACACUCUAACAAAAACUUUGCCAGAAUCUCUUUGCAAGCUUUAUAAUUUGCAAACUCUGAAGUUCAAUUGCAUUUUUCCAAUGGACCUUCCAGAGCAGAUGAGCAAGUUGAUUAGCUUGAGACAUCUAUGCUAUUACAAUAAUGAUAGAAAAGUGCAGAUGCCGCUAGAGAUGGGGAGAUUAACUUGUCUUCAAACGCUGGACUUCUUCAAUGUUGGUGAAGAGAAAGGACGUCAAAUUGAAGAGCUUGGAUGCUUAAGACACCUGAAAGGUUACCUGAGGAUCCGCAAUCUUGAACUGGUAGAAGGCAAAGAAGCAGCUGAACGGGCAAAAUUGUUCGAAAAGCAGAAUUUAUCUUCACUAUCACUUGAAUGGGGCUGUAGAGGGGAAGAUGACGGUGCUGAUAUAAAUGUGUUGGAGGGCCUCCAACCUCAUCCCAAUCUGCAAGAAUUAGAAGUUGAAAAUUUCACGAGUAAUCAAUUUCCACUGUGGUUGAUGAAUCUGUCAACAAGUCUCGACAAAUUGGUAUGUCUACGGCUAAUAAACUGCAGAAGAUGCACAGAGCUUCCUGCACUUGGACAACUGCCAUUUCUCCAGUCUCUGGCCAUGAUUGGACUGGAAAAGGUAACAGUCAUUGGGCAUUCAUUCUAUGGCUUAUGCAAUCCAAGUGGAUCCAGAAGCUCUCGUAGUUCUAGUCAAUUGUCUAGAAAGGUGUUUCCACAUCUUAAAUGUCUCUACCUAUACAAUAUGAACAAUCUCGUUGAGUGGAUGGAGGCAGAAGCAACAGAAGGUGAAGUAUUAGAUGUGUUCCCCAUGCUGGAGACAUUGAAGAUACAGAAUUGCUAUAAACUAAACAGAGCUCCAAAUUAUUUCCCAAGCCUUAGACAAUUGGUAAUUGAAAAUUAUCGUGAUGGUUUGUAUUAUCAGUUGAAAACACCAAAUAAAAGCCAUGCUUUGGUGUUAAAAGAUAUUUUGAGCAAAGCAACCACUCUCUCAACACUCAGAAUAGGAGGCCAGGCAGGACUCACAAGCGUUUCUGAUGUGUUAGCAGUUCACAACAGCCAAAAUUUAAAAUACCUGUCAUUAGAGAGCUGUCCUCAUUUACUGCAUCUAGGUGACUUGCAUAAGUUGCUUUCUUUGGAACACUUGUCAGUAGUAAGGUGUCCUAAUCUCAACGCUAUCGAUCUUAUAGCUCCCAAUGACCAGCAACAUCUCACAUCUCUUCGAAGUUUGACAAUUGGUCAAUGCAAUGGCUUGAGAGGUCUUCCAAGUGAAAUGGUAGAGCUCAAUACAUCUCUCCGGGAACUCAGACUGUACGAAUGCCACAAUCUUGUCUGGUUUCCAGUUGAUUUGCAACAGAUGCCUUCUCUUUCAGUGCUAUGGCUAGGUAACUGUCCCAAGUUAACCACUAUGCCCCAAGGAUUUGGUGGUCUUACCAGCUUAAGGGAAUUAUGGAUUGGUCCCUUCUCAGAUACUUCAAUGGAGAACUAUGGAUAUGACUGGUUAGCUUUAUGUUCUUUUUUUCCUGUCCGAAAACUGACAUUACAGGGGUGGCCUCACUCUGAGUCCCUGCCAAAUCAACUUCAAAAUCUGUUUGCCCUGAUAGAAUUACAUCUAUUUGGUUUUGGAAUAGAAGCUUUACCAGAAUGGUUGGGGAACCUUGUUCAUCUUGAAGAACUAGAAGUAGUGAAUUGUGCUAAACUUCGAACUUUACCCUCCAUGGCUGCUAUGAGAUGCCUCACUAAGUUAAGUGAUUUGUGCAUCAAACACUGUCCCUUGUUGGAGGAACUAUGUACUCCUCAAAGCGGCCCUGACUCUGAGUGGUCUAAGAUUAACCAUAUACCUCAUAUCUUUGUUGGUCAGAUGACUGUUCAGUAUUUACCUUAUCACAGCUGGACAAGUCUUCUGCAGCAAUGAGUCUUCUGUAUGAUGCAACUAAAGCUGGAGAAGCAUAUUUUGAUAUUCAAUCUCAAUCACUUUUCAGUAUUGCUGAUCUCUCAGAUGUUGCUUUCAAUUUCAACAAGUUGAAAUUUUCAGUGCAGUAUUUCUUGUACUUGAUAUUGAGGAUUUGUCCAUAGACACGGCUAUGAUCCUUCCAUCGACAUCAUCUACCUUGUUAGCUCUUCUGAGUGCAUGGAUGCUUUUGGAGUUUUCAAACUAAAACUAUUAAAUUCCCAGUUUGAAGAAAGUUGAGUUUUGGCAGCUUAAUCUAAAGUGAAAGUUGAGAUCUUCAGAAAGGCUGAAUGAAGUCUGCAGCCUGAGGCUAUGGACUGGGAAGCUGCAGUAUGUUGUUCUUGAUAUCAGCUUGUUAGUCCGUUUCAACUGAAGAAUGAUGAGCAUGCAACCCCUUGUUACAGAAAAUGAAAGCUAUAGCUUCAUAGCAGAAGUGAUCUAUCUGUGGUGGUGUAUUUGUUACAGGGCAUGGUGUAGAAUCAAACUAUAUUGUAAUCACGUUGUGUUGUUGCAUAUUUCAAGUACAUAGAACAUUUUUAUUCAUAUAAAUCAAGUUUUGUUCCAAAACAAUAUAUUUGUGUCCCAAAUACUACCAAAAAAAAAAACUACAACAGAGGCAAUAAUUGUACACGACUGUACC